AUGUUAGAAGGGACGCGCCGGUGGUUCAGGCGCAAUCGCACCAGGUUCGCCAUUGGAGCAGGCACGCUAGGGCUGGUCUAUCUAGCCGGUCAAUAUGCCUGGAGCAAAUGGUUAGAGGCGCGCCAGCGCAUGGCCGACGAGAGGAUCUCCAGAGAGAACCUCCGUCGCCGCUUCGAACAGAACCAGGAGGACUGCACCUACACCGUGCUAGCCUUGCUCCCUACAAUUCGAGAAGAAAUCAUAGGCGCUCUGCCCGUCGAAGAUAUUACAAAUGAACUGCAACGCCAGCGAUCAGAGAAGCUGGCAAGAAGUACAGGCCCAUCAGAAGCAGCUUCCUCUGAAUUCCCCUCGGCUCCUCCCAGCACAACCGACGACUCUGCCAGCAUCGCUAGCUUCCAGACUGGCAGCUACAUUCAUGCUAGUCAGAUGGCCGAUAGUCAGGAUGCCAAGUCACUGUUGAAGAAGAAAUCAAAGGCACAACUCUGGAAUGACAUGAAGAUCAGCUCUAUCACAAGAGCUCUGACUCUGCUGUAUACCCUUUCUCUCUUGACUCUCCUCACUCGCAUCCAGUUGAACCUGCUAGGUCGUCGUACGUACCUCUCUUCUGUCGUCUCGCUCGCCAACCCGCCGAACCCCUCCGACUCGACUCGCAUCUCCCUAGAGAACAAUGAUGACGACAAUUAUGAUAAUGUCUACGGCAACGACUUCGAGACAAAUCGCAAAUACUUGACAUUCAGCUGGUGGUUAUUGCACAAAGGCACCAAAGACAUUGUCGACAAGGUCACCGCUGCUGUCAAGGACGUCUUCGGUCCCAUCAACCCUCGCGAGGAUAUGACUCUCGAACGUUUGAGCGAGCUCAUUCUCGAAGUCCGUAAGAAGGUAGAGGGCGCCACUGAGGCCGAACGUCGCGAACACAGGUGGCUGUCAUACAUGCUUCCUCCUCGUGAUCAAGAGGAUCAUGUCUUGUCAGAAUCUGGUAUUGAUGCCAUGUCUACAUCGCCCUCACCUCAAGAGAUGUCGCAAGAUCCCAUGCACGCGGCCAGCUCGACUUCUUCGAACGCUUCCCUUCGCAGAUUGCUUGACGAGACAUCAGAUCUCAUUGACUCGCCGACAUUCACCCACGUCUUCACCCAAGUCCUCAACGCCACCUUCUCCCACCUGAUCGACUACCGCGUGGCAACUGAAGCCUUCAAGAUCAGCCCUCCAGCACCUGACUCUCUGUCACGCAUCACCGAGAUCAGCGACAAGAAGUGCAAGUUUGCUCAGACUCUUGCUGUCUUCUGUCGUCAAGCCCAUGUCAUCGCCGCUGGAAGUAGCGAGCCCGAUGAUCUUGUCGCCGCCGAAUCUGUCGGCUCUCAAGUCAACGAGUACCUUGGUGCUAUCGAUCAGGUCAAGGAUCUCGAGGCAUUUGCUGCUGUUAUUUACUCCAGCAACUUCGAGUUCGAGACUGCCGAA